UCUACACAUGUGUCUACUUCUUCGACGAAAAGGCUGUCCUCGUCGAGCAAUUUAGGUGCAAACCCUCGCGCGGUUCUUGAAAGCUCAGUAAGCGGACCAAAGAGAAUAUGCUGGCACUGCUCAACCUCAAUUUGACAGGCCCAGCAGAUCCCGCAAGGCUCAAGGGUCUCGCGCCGGACGUAUGGUGUAAUAUAUUUUCGUACCUGGACACAGCUCAAAGUAUAGCCAGGCUUGAAUCCACUUGUAAAAGUCUUCACGACGUGGUUAGGACUCACGGAUGGCCGACUUUCGUGAGGAGCCAGUUUGGGACUCUGACUAUCCCCCAGGAUGUCAAAAUCGACAAAUCGAAAGAGUUAGCAAAGAAGUUGACAUGGCAAUCGCGUUCAUGGGAUCGACGAGCUUUUUCUUUGGUGUCGUUGGGACCGGGUGUCGGAGUGCCGGUCGCAAGACGGGGAGGCCGCGGCCGCGGAGGACACGGUCGCGGCCGCAACGCAUAUGGAGGCCGUCACAAUCACAGAACCCGAUCAAACCAGCAAACCUUACCUGCGCAUGUCGUUGUGGAUGCGUGCUCAAGCUUCGACGGGGACAUGGAAGCGGAAAUCGUGGCGUGGGGUCUUGGUGAGGAUAUCGUGGUACGUUGGCGGGAGACAGAACGCUUGCGUCUGACGGUGGAUUCGUGGAUGACCUUAGAAGGGGCUCAAUCGAGUUUCAGGAGUGGGACGGAUGAUGUGACGGCCAUCUCGAUUUUGAGAAACGUCGAUACCGAUCCACCCCUGCUUGUUGGUAGAGCUAGUGGUGAUCUACGACUUGUAUCGACAAGUCAAAGCGACUUUGGUCGCGUCAUCGCAUCCUACCAGCCUUUCCGGUCAGACGGUGGAGAAUCUCGUAUGAAACAAGACCAGAUACAAUACUUCGACACCAAUGCCUCCUCUAGCGCCGCGGCCGUUGUCACGAAGGAUAGCAUGUUCAUAUAUCCCUUGAUUGGCACAACAUCAAAUCCGGACCAGAUCAGCAACGCCUCAGAACCUGUCAUCCGACCGGUGGAAGCCCUGGACUUAGGUACCUUGAAAGAUGCUCCUUCGUUCGGAUCCUUGCGCGCUAUCAAGUUUAUGGCAGAUGGGGACUUGGCUCUCUGCGCGGUGAGAUCUACGGAGCCUGUGCGAUAUCUCACGAGAACACCUACGGGUGUGGUGCUCACUAAUCUGGGCAAGCGCUGUCCUUCAAGUCGAUGUACUGAGUCCUUCGUUCAUGAUGGAAGCGUCCUACAGAGCGCGCGGGAUCUUUUGCCUGUAAACAUGGCAUCUGCCGCUGGAGCUUCUGGGAAGGUCAUUCUGAGCUCAUAUGACGAUGGUACUGUUCGACUACAAGAUUUACGAAGCCACGCAGCGUUCGACACUAUCUAUCAAGACCAUUUUGAGCUAGUCACACCGAUGGGCCCUCUUGUCUCUCACGGGUUGGAAAGAUUUGUUGCCGGCAGUGCCCGUAACUCUAUCCUCAAAAUCUUCGACUUUCGAUGGAACAGAACCUAUUCCUAUAUAGACGCGCAUCCCUGUAGUGGAAAGCCGAUGAUCCCAACUCCAAAAUCCCUCACACUCGCUCCAUUACCAGAUGUGGCGAAGCGAGACGCUUGUUGUCAUUUAUCUGGCUAUCCAUGCUACCUUCAUGCUCUCGCCAGGACGGAUUUUUACAGGCCGAACUGUAAUGUCUACCUGCCUACCAUCAACCAUACAGUGUCUCCUGUCUACUCCCUGGCUAAGUCUUCUGAUCUAUCCUCAUCUGUGUAUGCAGGGCUAUCUGGAGAGCUGUCAAGGAUGAGCCUUAGAGAUCCAGUGGCAGAUCUGGCAGAGAAGUCAUGGAUGCAGCAGUCAGACUGCAAGACGCGCUGUGGUUAUGUCUUUUGCGAAGGCUCGGUUAGCAUAGUUGAGACUGGAGACGGAAUCGCUUUGAGUGACAUAAGCAAAAGCAAGAGACUUCCUGCCCUAUAUAAGCAGAACCUCCAGCGCUCGGGUACCGUCCCACGGUCGUAUCAGCGGCUUGACGAAUCGCUAUACUAGGAAUCGGUAUAAGCUAUAGGAAAGAAACGAAUCAAGUACCAAAGUCCCUACCGCGUG